AACUCCGAGACACAAUAUUCUGUUACAUUGUAGCAAAAUGGCGACUGUCAUUCACAACCCCCUGAAAGCCCUCGGGGACCAGUUCUACAAAGAGGCGAUUGAGCACUGUCGCAGCUACAACUCUCGGCUCUGUGCCGAGCGCAGCGUCCGCCUGCCCUUCCUGGAUUCGCAGACUGGGGUGGCUCAGAACAACUGCUACAUCUGGAUGGAGAAGAGGCACAGGGGACCAGGCCUGGCCCCAGGUCAGCUGUACACAUACCCAGCACGUUGCUGGCGCAAAAAGAGGCGUUUGCAUCCCCCUGAGGAUUCCAGGCUGAAGCUGCUGGAAAUUAAACCUGAAGUUGAUCUGCCUCUGAAAAAAGAUGGGUUCACCUCAGAAAGUACAACUCUGGAAGCUUUGCUGCGUGGAGAGGCAAUAGAGAAAAAAACAGACACUAAAGAGGAAGACACUAUACAAGAAAUCCAGAGGGUUUUAGAAAAUGAUGAAAAUGCAGACGAAGUGAACGAGGAAGAAGACUUGGAAGAAGAUAUUCCAAAACGAAAGAACAGGCCUAGAGGACGGCCAAAGACCCCCACCUGGAAAAAAAUUUUCCAGAAAAAUGCUCGGGGAUCUGGAGGGGGCAGGAGACGGAAUGAUGCUGCCUCCCAGGAUGAUCAUGACAAACCCUAUGUUUGUGACAAUAGUUACAAACAAAAGCAUAACUCAAAAAUCUCCGACAAAGUCUGUGGCAAGCGUUACAAGAACAGGCCUGGGCUGAGCUACCACUAUGCUCACACCCACCUCGCCAGUGAAGAGGGUGAUGAAGCCCGUGAGCAGGAGACCCGCUCUUCCCCCGUCCACCGAAAUGAAAACCACAAACCCCAGAAAGGACCAGAUGGGGUCAUCAUUCCCAAUAACUACUGUGACUUCUGCCUCGGAGGCUCCAAUAUGAACAAAAAAAGUGGUCGGCCUGAGGAACUUGUAUCGUGCUCAGACUGUGGGCGCUCUGGACACCCGACCUGCCUGCAGUUCACCACAAACAUGACUGAGGCUGUAAAAACCUAUCAGUGGCAAUGCAUUGAGUGCAAAUCCUGCAGCCUUUGUGGGACCUCAGAGAACGACGACCAGCUGCUCUUCUGUGAUGACUGUGACCGUGGCUAUCACAUGUAUUGCUUGAAUCCACCAGUCUUUGAGCCCCCAGAAGGGAGCUGGAGUUGUCAUUUGUGCCAGGAGCUGCUCAGAGAGAGAGCAUCAGCUUUUGGCUACCAGGCCUGAGGAGCUCCAGCAGUCAAGAAACACCUUGCUCCUGGUGUUGCCAUACCAGCACACAAUUCCCACCCAGAACACAAAGACACGACCCACAUCCAAACGAACGGACACUCAAAUACAGGAAGAGGUAUCUGUGGAAUUCACUGUCACUAAGCCAGACCUCCUGGGCUCUGCUAGGUCUGUGUACUUUCCCAAUGAUCUGGAUGAAAUCUCUUCACUGCUGUGCAUGGUUGCUGCUUGCCAUUAACAAGCUCCCAUACGUUAUGGAAGGGGGAAGGUUGUUAUACCAACACGGAGAAGUCAAUUUUGUGUGGCCUUGUGCUUUCCGUUUAGUCUUUUUUUAAAUGAAAAAGUAGUAAGACAUUUCCCAAGGAAUUAUUGGUGAGUACUUCAGCUGGGAGCAGCACCGGGUGUUUCUCUUCAAAGGCUUGACUGGAAAUCUCUUUACUGUAACCACUCUGUAGAUUCAUGGGUGCUUAAGAGGGGUGCUCUGAGAAUUGCGUUUUGUUCAAUAUUUCCCAGUUCAUGAACAGCACAUUGUCACUAAGAGAAGCACUGAUCAAAACUUUUUGGGAUGACACUUUCUCCAUUGAAUCAAAUGUCCUGAUUUGGCAGAUCAUUAGGAAUCUGUUUUAAGCGUAAGAAAGAGCAGUACUGGUAUGUACACACUCAAAUGCUUAGAAAAGCCUUUGGUAUUCAGUGUAUUCAGGCAUACUGUCCCACUGCAAUGCCAGCAAUACCUUCCUGACAUAAUUUCUUUUUGUUCAGAAAAUUCUGAGUGAAAAAUCUUAUGUAUAUGCAACUGACUUUCUGUUUAGCUCAGAAAAUUGGACAAAAGAAAAAUCAUCAUCUUAGGUUGAUCAUAGAAAGUAAAAAUUUUCAGCUUUCCGAGCAAUCUAACGGAAGUGGCAGAAAGGAACAAUUUUGGCUUAAGGUCAAGUGAAGCUCUUUGAUUAAUUUUUUGAAAUUUCUAAACAAAAAUGUUCUGAAAGCUGAAUUUUCUGGGCAUUGCCUAAUCCGGGCUUCCAGCAUUUCCAAAGUGUUACUGGUUUUUGUCAAAGUAAUUAUCGAGAUCUAACUAAAUUUCCCAAUAAUUUUCCCCCAAAUUCUCUACAACUGCAUCUUUGGCCAAUGACAUAUUUUGUUUAAAAACCUUCCCUAGCUCUAAAGAAAAGAAUCUUUUGCUGAACCUAGCAUGAAAAGAAGAAUUUUCAUAAUGAUAAAAAAAAUUAAAAAGGAAUAGUUCUACUUUAUUUCAACAAAGCUUUACAUGUGAAAUGAAGAAAUUUUAAGUGAGACCAUCCAUUGAAAAAAAAAUUUCCAUUGAAAAAAAAUUUAUUGCAGUUGAAUCUCUUUGAAUAAUUUAAGACAUUACUAGGAGAAUAAGUACAUCAAAUAUUUUCUACAAAAUAUAUUUUUAAGGCUAAAAACCUACCACUCCCUGAACUGGCAAGUAGCCCAGAAUAACCAUUUUUUGGGUAUGAUGUAUAUCACUUUCUAUGCAUAGAUUUAAGUGGGUUUAUAAUAUAAAUUUAUGAGCGCAGCAUGUGACUCAUGUUGCUGGUACAAGUAGGUAAGGAUACUGAAGAUUAUAUUUGGCAUGUUUAUAUUGGUUGAAACUUCUGCAGAAUGAAAUGUCCCCAAACACUUGAAAGACAUUGUGAAACAAUAUUGGUGAGCUGUUUUUUCUUCCUUUUCCUGCUAAUUACACUUCGUUAGGAUGAGCUAUACUGACCUAGUGCACUUUUCCUCAUUAUUUAGAUAGUUUCCUCCCCUUUUGUUCAGCUUACACACCAAAAGUAGCUGUGUCAGCUACUGGAUUCUCCCACCUACUGUUGCAGCCUCUUCUCAGGCUGCAGCAGAAGUAUUUUAACCUGUUAGAAAAAAAAAUGUAGAAAGUAUUUAUCCUAAUUGUAUUGGACCAAAUCUCUCCUGGAGCAGCUGCACUGGCUACCUGUAAAAUUCAUUCAAUAUCUUGUGCUUUCCAUGUGACAGAGCUUCAAUGAGCUAAGAACACAAAAAAAUUUGAGCAUCAAGUCUGGGGAGAGCAAAGUGGAAGCCUGUGCACUUGCAUCAGGUGUCUGAUACCUGUUGGGACAAGACCCUUAAGCAAAUGUAAAAUAAAGCAUCUUUCUCCCAGUCUGGAACUGCCCUGGCCCUGGGGAGCACUUGGAGGACACAGCUGAUCUGCAUUUGCAUUUACACCCAUCUGUUGGUGUGGUUGAACCCUGCUGAUCUGGCAUUUUGGGACCAUCACAUGGUUCUGUCUGAUACAAAAUCCUGUUGCUGUUGUGGCUAGGAGUGCAAGUGUGUAUUCACCAGAGACACCAGUGGGCUCUGUUACAGAAAAUGGGUGUUUUGGGAAGAGUGACUGGAAAUGAGAAGUGUGUGUGCUGCAGGAAACUUCUGUGGUGGUGCUGGUGGUGGGAUCAGCAGAUGUGGGUUAGUAUUUUGGCUGGUCCUCAGCUACCAGGACCUAGAGACUUCCAUCAUAAAAAUCUCCAUCACAUCCCAGUGUCUUGAUGUUUACUCUGACCUUGGAGGAGUAGGACAAUGUCUGCAUUCCUAAACAGAGAGGACAUGCAUGUUGUUUUGCCCUGUGUGUUUAGCAGACACUGCUGGCUCAUCAUGAAAGUCUCAGGUAGCCUGGCUGGGGGAACCAGCUGGUGUAGAAUUUCAGUGGUCUCCAUUCCUGUGACAGAGAUAUUGCUAAAGGAGCUGUGCUCUCUGUGCACACCUGCUUUCCUAUUUUGUGGUUUUGAUCCAGAGCUGUUUUUUCCUCCCACAACUGUUCUGCAGCCAACAAUAUCUUUCAUGUUCAGAAAUACUCCUCCAUGGCCAUGCUGAGGUUUCAUCAGAAUGAAGUAUGACAGAAGGACAGAUUGCUAGAUCUUCAAUGCCAAAGCACUGUUUGCCACCUGAGAUCAGUGUGACAGGGUGCUUGCCCACUGUGGACCAGCUGUGUUUCAUCUCUCCAGCUUUAUGCUGUGUGCUGUGUAGCUAGGCAGCUCCAGGUAACUUUGGCAGCGGAUUAGAUAUAAGCUCUCCCAUGUGGAGAACUUCCGCCAGCUACAGCCUCCCUUCUUUGCUAGCUGAGUCCAAGAUAAGGGGCUGGAAUGGACCUCUCAGUGGCAUAUUUACCAUGCAUACAGAGCCAUGUGUGUUGGUGCAUGUUAGAAAUACUGACUGACCUCCCAGGUGAAAAAUGCACCAGCUUUGCUGAGAAGAGGAGAGAUUGUGGCACUACCAUGGGGGUGAGGAAGAGGAGUUUAGAAAGUCUGAUAACCGAUUCCCUGUCACCUGCUGCCCCACUGGGGAUAGUCUCCUGCAUGACUGCUGGGAUGUGUGACUUGGGCAAAUCCUGGCACUGAUCUGGUCUGGCCACUAAACAGUGUGAGGGCUCUGGCUCAGUGUGCUGCUCUCUUGCUAUGGCAGGUUAUGCAAGUUUGCUGGCAGUCCCUGAGGUGAACAAACUCUAGUGUUUUUUCAAAACUCCUCUGUGUAAGCAAGGCAAUUAAUAUUUUAGCACAAAUCAGGGCAAACUACCAGAAGAUGGUAGAUCCUGCAUGCCUUGAAGACUUCAAAUCAAGAACGGACAGAUUCCUAGAUGUAUUUUAAUUGAACACAAUCUUAUUUAAUCACAGGAAUGUCUGACUGAAAAAGGUUUAUGUUACAAAGGAAGUCAGGCUGGAUGAUGUAAUUGUUCUUCCUGGCCUUAUUAUAAAAACAGAUGUUUACUGUGGGAGAGGAUGUAUUUAAAUACAAGCGUGUCUGCAUAAUGGCCUUAAAGUAUGUUAAUUAAACAUAUGCACUUGAUCCUCAUACUUUUGACUUCUUUUGGAUAAACUAAAAGAGGUCAGUUAGAGAAAAUCAUCGUUAUUGAUGCAGUAAAUUGUACAUUACCUCCUUUAUGCCCACAAUGGCAUCUACUUUGGUAUUGGCUACCUCGGGCUGUUCCAGAGACUGAACAAUUCAGACUGUAUUGUGUGAAACCAUGGCUUGCCUCUGGCUCUCCCUCCACCACAUUUGUGUUCUGCUCUGCCCAGUUUUCUGUCCAUUGUGGGAAGACUGGCUGGGGAGGGCAGCACCUGCAGGGGCAGACUCAGAAACCAGAGGGGUGGAGAGAUCACCACUGAACAGGGGCAUGCAGAUGGUGCCACUGAGGAAGUGAACUCGUGUUGCCAGCACAGAGCCUCCCCCAUAGCUUGGAAAAGGCAAUACCUUUGAGAAACAUGAGAUGGGUCCUAAUCUGCCCCCAAACUGUGCUUCCAUAGCUGUGUUGUUGCAUCAAGUUUACAGUGCACAGAGUUUACAUUCUGUAAAUGUACCUCAGACCAGCUCUUGAGCUAAGAAAGCCACCAUUGAGUGUGUUCUUUUGAAGCAAAUGUUACUCUAAAUAACUUUGCAAUCAUGAUUUUUCAUCUGUCUUUGAAAGGAGCUUAGUCAAUUCUGCCCCAAAGGAAGAUUCUCCUGCACCGUGCUGUGUUAUGGGGCUGUAGCAUUUUCUUUACACCUUCAGCAUGUGUUUUGACAGGGGUCAUUUGGGAGGUGAGGAGUGGAUGGGGGUAGAAAGGAAUAUUAAUUAAGCUUGUCACUGCUAGAUGGAUACUGUGCAUUCUGGGCAAGAAAACUCCAGGUAGAGCUGGACAUGAUUUUUUUCUGCGUAGAAUGAAUUUAUUUUUAAAAAAUGUGCUUUUGAGAGAACCAUAAUUAUUCAUAUAUCAAAGUCCAAUCUUGCAAAUUAUUUAAUACAAAAACUAAGGGGAAACAAUCAAAAGAGUUGAAAAUUAUUGUUUCAAUCUUUUUAGAAAAAAAUCACUUCAAUAUUUAAAUUUUAAAAUUAAUAUAAUUUAUAUUAGGAAAAAUCUAGCACCAGUCUGUGAGGGAUGAAAGUGCAGAUCUUAUGGAGGACACAAGUGAAAGAUAGAUUUUCUUUUCAGUGUUGUUAUGGGAGGCUUUGGGAUGAUCAUGAGGAGGUCACCUGACAUUUUAACAGUUGUCCAGUUCCAUAAUUUUUGGAAAAUAAGUUCUGUGGAGAGGAGCAGGCAGACAGGUUAGGAAAGCCCUUCUCUAACCAGUUCUGGGUUCAUUAUGAUCUUACCAUCUCCCAGUUUUACAUGACAGGAGGAGGGGAGUGUGCAGCUGAGCAGGGUGACUAGGGCUACCAGGCAGGAGCAGGGGGGGGCUGCCCCGGCCCCCCAAAUCAGGGGGUCUGCAGAAGGAGCCCCCAGCCAAGCUGGCAGGGAUGCUCACGGACUGAGCACACCUGCAGCUCAGUUCCCAGCGCUGAGCCGGAUGGGAACAGCCUGUCCUGCAGGGCUGUGGGGGCUGUGCCCAUCCCGGGGCACUCAGAGCUGCUCUGAGCCAGCCCGCGGUGGGACGUUCCCCACACCCCACCCAUCGGGAGUUAUAAAGCACCAGCUUAUUGCCACUUACAACAAGGAUUGUGGCACCGCUGUGGGCAGGUGCCCAAAUCUGUGCCUCGCUUCUGGAGAAAAGGCAGGAUAGCAAUCCUUAGCUGCUCCUGCAAAGCAUUUGGAGCCUACAGUGUACAAGCCUUAAAUGCUGCUAUGUGCCACAGUGCUGCACACCCAGGCUGUGGCAGAACAAGAAGAGCCAGCUCUUCUGGGCUGUUCCUUACACCAUUUAUUUCUGCCAGCCACAGGCCCAUGACGCUUUCUGGGAGAUAGGAACAGGUGACAAGGCAGGAGGUGGAUGUGAAAGAUCCAAGACCCUGUAGAAGGAACAAAAAAGUUUACUUGCUGCACUGUGCCUCCCCUCUGGUAAAAGAGGGCAGGAAUUGUGACUGGCAGGCAGCCAAUUCCAUCUUUGCUGGUGAUACAAUUACUAGCAAUGACCUCCAGCCACAGCAGUAGUAAAAUGGCUUUUCAGGGCAGGCACCAUACCUGGUCUGGUUUAUGUAAGAUAAACUCAGGUUUGCUGGAGGGGCAGGGAGAGGAGGGGGGUGUCUGUGGUUUGAAGGGGACUGAUUUAAAAGUGUAGCUGCCCAGCCCACUCCCCAUUGUGUUGCCCUGGCUCUGUAGGCUCAGGGAAUGUCCCUGUCCUACCAGUGCCCGUGCCAUCCUCCAGGGCCAAAGCAUCAUGUCCCCGCUCGUGGGAGCAGCUUUGCAGAGUGCUGGCACUGUCCCAGCUCUGUCUCUGGCAGUGCUGCCCAGGGCACAAGGUCUCACUGCCCUGCAGACAAGGGUGGGAGUGACUGACGCUCCCAGGCAGUGUCCUGGGCCCCGGGGGUCAGUGGCAGUCUUGAAGGAGGCAGGGCUGCAGGUUGUGCAAGCACAAUUUUGCUGUCCUGAUGGCCAAGCCUUAGCGCAGGGCAGAGGAGAGGUGCAUCACUCCCCUGUCUCUCCACCACUGGGGUGUUUGGACAUUCCUCCACCGCUGUGCAUUGAGGCACUAAACUGAGGGCAAAGGGGAAGGUAAAGAACAGCAAGUGCCUCCAGGGGACAGAAGAGGUUUUAGGCUUUACCCUUUUAUUGUAUGCCAGUGAGAAUGCCAGGCAUUUAGCAGCUGGGGAAUCAGGCCAACAGUUUAUUAAUAUUUGUUGUGUAUUUCUGCCAUGUUGGGUGAAAGUGUAAAGUGUUACUACAGUAGUGCAUUUAGAAUAUAUGUUGUUACUGAUGUUUUGAAAUGAGAAAAAUUACUAUAUUCAGAUCAGCUUACUGUCCUUUGUGUGCAUGAAGUUAAAAAUAAAACACUUCAUGCUGGAAAAUUGCUGAUUUUUCAGGUAUUGAUAUUUUCUUUCAGACUCCUGUCAAUCUAGUUAUCCAUCUGAUACAAUUCAUUGUAACAAACUAUAGGUUGCACCUCCAUGGUGACUCGGGAAAUAUUUCAUCUCUUCCUGCUUUCAGAAGCUAGGGAGAAAUAAGGGCAGGUUUUAUUCUUUGUAUUUGGAAAGACUGAUGAAGGAUGACACAUUCAUUUCAUGUUCAUCUCCUUUCCAUGUCUUGAAUGAUUGAAUUGGCUGGCUGUGACAGCAUUCCUUUCUGUAGUGGUCUGAAGUGCUGCCAUGGCUCACCUCUCUAUGAGAAGGCACAGUCCAGCAUUUUGUUCAGGACUCCUCCUGCUAUUGCCAUAUAUGACUUUGGAACUGCUAAUUCUCAUCAGGGACCCUUGUGCCUACAAGAUAAGCACUCCCCUUCCAUUUCUCAAGAUCUUCUGCCUGGAAGACCAAACCCCCUGCUGCCGAUGAACUCUGAUGAGCACACAUCUGUUUCCACCCUCAACAUGUGCUUCUGCUGGACACAGGAACACAUUUGGAUGCUCCCAAUGUACUCCCACUGCAGAAUUUGUGAGCAGCAGUGAAAAAGGAAAUAUCUGGUGAAAAACAAAGAACAAGACAUGAAUGUUAUACCUAACCUACUCUUCCUUUGUAGCUCUUCUGGAGUGCAACACUAGAGAUGUGCCCCUGCACGCUCUUGGGAAGGCUGUGCUUGAGGAAUUUCCAAGAGUCAUCUCCUUUGAGCUUCUUUACAGAGUACCUUUCCUUGUUCAUUCUCAUUUUCUUACAGUAUUUCAGAGACAGUGUAUAGUAAAACUGAUUUGAAAGGUUUAGAACAAUUCAGAAAUAGACAGGUCCAAAUCAAACCAUCAGCUUUUAUCUCUCCCUUAGAAGUGUUCAACAAACCUUUGAUCAUUGCUGAGAAUCAAGCUUGUGUGCUUAUUUAAUCUCAACUCAUCAUUAAGGCCAUACAGGAAUUCAUAAAGACUUUUCAGUCAAAAAAUGUUCUUUUAAAAAAGUGAGAGAUAUUUACUCUUUACCUUGAUGGCUUUCCAUUUCUUCUGCUGCAGCAGAAAUCAACAGUCUUCCUGUUUACUUGGACUUCCAUCCAGCACUGCAGCCUGCCUCAGUGGUGGGCAUAGGCCUGGAAAUAAUGUACUUCAUUGGACUGCAGACAGAAAGAGAAGCUCAAGAGUAUUUAAGUAAAUUGUCAUCUGUGUGACUCAGUCAGAUCUUCUAAGAACCAGAAGCUUAUGUACAUGCUAAUUUAUUGGAUCACCUGUUCUUCAUCUGCCAUUUCAGGUUGAAUGUGCCAUUGAUAUAUGCCUUUUUUUUUUCCACUAGAAGUGGUUGAAAAGAAAAACACAGCAAUUAAAAAUGGGGGAUGAGGACGAUUGAGUUACAAUCUUCGCUGUUGAUCCUUUAUUUGAUUUGGGACAACAUUGUCCCCAUUAUUCUAAAGGAAAAUAGAAGGAGAAUAAAUCUGUGACAUCAUAGCACUUCUCCCAGAUAAAAGCUUUUACAAGAUGUUUUCUCAUCAUCUUGUAAAUUCACUUUUAAAAUGCUGAAGUAAUGAUCUCUGAAUAGUGACACCUGGCACAGCCUUGCUGUGUGAUGCUAUGGUAUUAAUUUUUAAUUAGGAGACUUUAAGUUAUAUAUACAAAUAUAUAUAUAUAUAUACACACAUAUAUAUUUGUGUAUCAUCCUAAUGUUGUUUACUGUAAACAUUGCUCACUGAUUAGGAAUAGGUUGAGAGUCCUAUAAUAAGCAUUACUGAAGAAGAAGAAAAGAGCAAAUCCUACUUGUUUUGGAAAGGUUUAGAAUUCUAAGAAAUAGGGCAAAACAUUAUCCCUUACAACUUAAUCUGAAUUGUGUUUGGAGUGUGACUUACCAACACAUUAAAGAGAUCCAGUGUUCUAAAAUAUAGGACUGAUUCUCAGCUGCUCUUAGUCAACAUUCAUCCACUGACUUUAUGGUUGGCCUGGUAUCCUUAAAUAUGCCAAGUCUAAGUCUUGGACUUUAGUUUUUAUGAAAAGGUGUGUGGCUGCUUAAUAGUUGAGCACACUCAACACAUGCAAGAAAACAGUUAUUUCUAUCUCUGUCUAUAAGUCUGGUCUGUUUAUGCCCUGUUCUGUCUCAACCUGGCUCUGGUGAUGACAUGUCACAAGCUCCAAAGGAAAGUGAGAAAUCUCAGCAAAAGAUGAUGAUGGAGCAGUCAGCAACCAGGGCAAAUGUCUCUCUAACUUCAUGGAGUUUGAGCUUGUUUCACCAGUUUUCAGUAUACUACCUUCUGAUUUUCUGUGAACAACUCCUCACUGCUAUAUCAGGAAACAGUGGACAGCAGGACAUUAUCUUCCUCACCUGUAUGAGACCUCACUUCAGCCAGCUCCACCCUCCCCUCUCUUACUCAUUUCUCAAUCUGUUCUAGUAUUUUUGAUCUGUCUCUUCACAUGGAAAUCUUUUCCAGCCACUCUCAUUUUUAGCAUCUCUCCCUGGAGUCAGUCCUCUUCAGCAUCAUUUGCUCUGAGACAGCCACCCAGGAUACGCCACAAGUGUUUAAAGCUUUACUUCCAAGCUUUGCUUCUCUCCCAACAGUGUGUCCUGACAGUAUGUCUUUGCCUUUUAGUCAUCCCAUGAGUAGGCCCAUGGUCAUCUCUGGGAUAUUUUUCCUUUGUGAUUACAGCUCAACCCAAAAGGAACCUGUGUUACAGCCCAGCAAAGCCAUGCAGCCUUGCUGCUGGCACACACACCCUCCUUCCCCAGUGCUCCAGCUGGGGAUGUGGUCAGGCUGCUGGUGCAUGAGAUCACAUCCAGCAGGGCUACUCCCUGGAAGCCAAAGUGUUGCUUAGUAACCCACUCAUGGAAGUACCAGAAGCAUUUUUCAAUCUGUCGCAUUGGCAAAGAACACUGGCUUCUUGAUUUAGAGGCAUUCUGCUGUGCGUGGCAGGGCCAUGCUCCAUUAUCUUGCAUCCAGCACUAUCUGCAAGCAAGGAAAUGAACCUCCCAUUUAAUGGAGGGGCUGGGAGAAGGUGGGGGUGUGAGGAAUAGAAAAUAUUUUUCUAGGAACAUGAAGCUUUUAGCUGGUUGUCUUGGCAUCUAGUCCUCAUCUUAACUCCCUUCCCAUGGGAGAUAUUCUCUGCUUAUGAAAUGCACUCCAGGGUCCUAUAGCAAUUGGCCAAACAGGACCCUGCAGCACCUUCAUCUAUUAUGAGACAUUACUGCAAUAAAACUUGGUGUGUCAUACAGAAACUGGAUGAGGUAUUGCAAUAUUUAUGCUGUAAGCCUCAGUGUCAUGGACAAUUGCUACAGAAUAAUGUAUGUCUUUUCUUAAUGCAGUGGAGUCACAGCAGCUUCAACAGAGCACACUGAACACAGAUCAUCUGUGAUUGCAUGGUUUCCUCAGUUAUUUUCAAAUUAUUCUGUUACAGACACUUAAAUGAAAAAUAUUCUCUCAUUUAAAAAUAGACCGUAAAGGCUCUUAGGUUACUCCCCCUUUUAAGAAUAAUUCAGUCUGAGAGCAAAACCUCCAAGAACUGGAUUCUGACUUGAGGGUUUUACUCCUUUAUCUGGCACUGGUUUAUAAUUUAAAAUGGCUUCAAAAAGUAACUUGAGGGCUUUUAUUUGAGGUACCUUAUUGAAUUGCUAUCUCAUCUCCUCAUUUUGGAAAUGAAAAGGUAUUUUAAACAAUGUCUAGCUUGGAGCUCUGGGGACCAGCUGGACUCUUCCCAUCCUACUUCUUGCUGUCAAAGACAGUAGAACCAUAGAGUGUGUCCAGCCAUGGCAUCACCCAUUUCUGUGGCUUGCCUCCUGUUGACAGAUUGUGUCCUGGAAGCCCUCUGCAAAAAUUUGAAGGGCUUUUAUAUGGGUCAUUGAAGGUCCAGGGUGGUCUGAAGACAAGGUUGUUAGACAAAUGUACCCAAGGGUUCUUUUGGUCUUUGAAGUGUUAUUUACCUGGAAUGAUGCUCAGUGUUGCAGUGAUGAAAUCAGCAAGUUUCAUCACAUUUUUUUUGUGUAAGGCCUUGUCAGUGCAAGGCCAGUGACAUGCACAAUUCAUGUGCCAAAGCUUGGCUCAGCAUUAAGAUGAAAAAACAUCCCACAGUAUUGGAAGCUCCUGACCUAAUUUCUGAGAACUUUUUGAGGAGCUGAGUAUCUUCCUGUGCUCUUUCCCAGUCUAAUAAAUAAAUUUGGCUAUGGGAUAAAGAGCCCUUCAAAUUCAUUGUAUGUAGUUGUAUUUUUAUUGCACAUAGUUUAAGAAAUACAGAAAGUGGUCAAAAAAAUGCUCCUGAUGACUGGCCAGCAUAAGAGCAUUUGAUGAUCUGCUAUGGAUCCCAGAGCAGAAGUGUCUGCAUCACAGAAAGAGUCUCAUCACAUAUAUCACAGAAACAGUUUGCUCCAGGGGGCAGGGAGCAUUCUUGGCAGGGAAGCAAAGACUGUGAAGAUUUUAACUCUUAGAACUGGCUGUGCCAGCUCAGAACUGAUGGAAAGCUUGCCAUUGUGAUGCUUUGCUCUGUGGAAAAAGCAUUCAGAGAAGCACUAAGUGUACAAUGCAUUAUUGUUUUAAAAGAAUCAGAGUAUCUGUUUCCAGUCUUCUAAUACAUUAACCUUGAAGUUUGUUUGUAAUUAAAUAGUCUAGCCUUACCAGUUAGGCAUUGAAGCAAGAGACUUCUUGUUAUAAAGACAGUGGGCUAGGGAAGGGCAGGUGUACUGGGUAACCUCUAGGCAAUACUGAGAAAGCACAUCCACUCCCUGCAUUCACAGGGGAGGACACCUCUUUCUUUGCACUUACUGCACAUUCUGCAUCUUAAAAUUAUUUGAGGAGAGAACAACAUUUUAGAGCAACUGAGUGAGCUACAAAGCAGGAGAUGUUCCACUAGCAUUAAUUCUUGUUGUUUAGGUGUUGGGGUUUCUAUCUGCUCAUAUACUCACAGCCUUCUUUUCAACAUUUGAGGAUUCUCUACCUUACUUCUGUCUCACCUAACUGGGAUCUUCCUGCCCUUGUGGAGACAACAAAUUGUGGGCUGGAAACUGCCCCACUUCCUGGCUGUACAUACCCCUAUCUAUACAACAUGUAUGUGUAUGUUGAGUGAUUGCAUUGUAGUGGCUUUUGUAAUGCAAUAACUGUGGUGUCAAGAAAAUGUGGUUGGAGAAAAUUAUACUUACAAAUUAACAGGAAUAGAAAAUUAAAAGUCACUGAAAAGGCAAUACAGCCGAAGAAUUCUUACUGUGAGCCACCACCCACCACCAUGUUUACCACAAUAUGCCAACUUCUGUAUCCUCUAAAUAGCCUUUUAUCCUCUGUAGCAGAAGUGAAGUUUAAUUUUGUGUCUGUACUCUGAACUGGAGACAUUGGUACUCAGUCUUUUCAUAAUGUGCUGAUGAAUUGAAACGCUAACCUUGUCACGGGUUUGCCAGCUUCCUUAGCUUCCCACCAAAAUAAUGCAAUGCCAGUUGCUGAAUAGCAUGGAGGAGUUUUGGGUGCUGAUUGAAGUGUGCCAUUGAAAUAUUGGUCUUCAGGGCCAUGAGGUUUUAUAUUGAUGCCUGUAAGAAAAACCCAGCAGUCUCAGAUGAACCCAAAUGUCCUAUUAGUCACAUUGCAGGUACACAGACAAGUCAAAACAACUGAGUGAGGGGAAAAAAUUAAGGGCUCCUGCCCGAAGAAAGCCCAGCAUACCACUCUCAUUUCAGAGGAAAAACCCUUCUGUGACCAAUCCUGAGUGACAAGCAGGUAGGCUCAGAGGCUGGAAAGACCCAUUUCUGUAGUAUGCUUGUCACUGUGUCUUUAGUUAUGUACCAGAAUAUGAAAAAAUGCCUGUCUUUCUUUCAAAUUCCUUUUCAGCUUUGUACACUGCCUCCAGGUUUCCUGUUGUUACACCCUGUGAGGCCUCAUUGGAGUGUACACUGUCUUGCUUGGUAUUUGUUUACUUUUGGCGGCCACAGACUAAGGUCACAGGUUUGGGAACCAGUACAUAAUUGUAAGGACAGCUUCCUGUGUUACUUUUUCCUCCCUCUUCCUCUUUUGUAAAGUGUGAACCUUUCUUUGGAACACUGAAGUGACUGUAUCGUUACAAUGUUUGUAUGUAGAGAUUUGUUUUAACAUGGCUUGUGUGGAGGAUCUUUGCUCUUCUUAUCUUACAUUCAGUUUUAUUAAGUGCUUGAUAGCUUUGCCAGCCUUCUGUGGGGGAGGAGAGGUGAUGGGGUGGCUUCAAAUCUUGGCUUUUUUAAAGGGAAAUUUGCCCAGCUUUACCUAGAGCAGUAUGAGAAUCUGGGGUGCUCCUGACUAUUCUGCAGUCGUCCUGAUCUGAUUGCUUCUUGGAGAAGGAGAUCAGCCUUGAAACCCUUGGAAAAAAACUGAUUGUUUAAUGCGCAAAGCCAGCACUGACCAAGAAGGCCCAUCAGUUUGUCAUGCAUGGAAACCUGCAUGGUGUUUCACCCUGCCAGAAGGUGUCUGUUGAGCACACAGUGAACCAUGGCAACUCACACUGCUCUGCGGAUGCCAAUGGAGCCACCACAGCUUGCACCAGCCAAGGAUCUGUGUUUUGGUGGUUAGGAAACCUGUGAGCGAAAUCCUACUGAGGUUUGAGAGGAGAGGAAAAUGGGUGUUGGAAGCCUCUCAACUUCGCAGGAUUUCUUUGGUAUUCAUACACAUUUGCAAGAAUGUAUUCCAAGCAUCUUGUACUGUUAUUAGUAACUUGUACUGUAGUUUGUUAGCAGUGUUGACUACCUACAUAGCUAAUAUUCUGUUGCAACUUAGAAAACGUGUAAACAACUGCAGAAAACAGGAGUUUAGAACUUGUAUGUACUGUUUUUUUUAUAUUAAAGCACUUCAAUUAAAAGUUCAAGGAAAAAUG